CGUGCAUAUCUACUAGGCGCCUGCUUGUAUUAGUACCUACACAGCCUACGUCCUCGUAGGCAAACGCGUUUCGCAGUCUCUUCUACCGCGACGUCCACCAUGGUUCCCAAACUCAUCUCUGUCGACAAGAAUCCCGACAAGUGGAGGCGCAUCUACCACUUGCAGCUCGCUGUGCGACUUGUGUUUGCCCUGGUCGGGCCGGGGUACAUACAUCCCGACGAACAUUACCAGAAUGCAGAGGUCAUCGCAGGCAGACAACUCGGGGUGUUCACGGCUCGGACAUGGGAAUGGGAUCCAGCCUUCCCCUGUCGUUCUAUCAUCCCAGCCGCAACCACCAUAGGCAUACCCUAUACGAUGAUCUUGAGGUGGAUAUGGUGGAACCCGGAGAAUAUCAGUCCUCUUGUGAUGUUCCUGACCGAAAGACUCACGUUUUUCUUUGCAUCUCUUAUACUUGAUCAUACGGUCUCUCAGCUGGUGUUAGACCCAGCAGAUCGUUCGCGUGCUCUGGCCCUCCUGGCAUCCUCAUACGUGAUGCAAACAUUCCAAGUUCGGCCAUUCUCCAACUCGAUCGAGGCCAUCCUAGUCGCACUCUCCUUGACCACCUUGAAAUCGCUCACCGAGACUCAAUGGAACCGAGGUCUAGGCGCCUUUGCCCCCGAUCUCAUCAGCCUCGCAAUCUACGGUGUCCUGGGCGUGUUCACGAGGCCAACAUUCCUUGCAUUUACUCUGCCUAUUGCCAUCGAGGCUCUCGUAUGGACAUACCGCCGUGCCUCCGCUGCUACCUCUGGACAACCAUCACGAGCAUUCUGGGUAUUCUGGCUUCGACUCGUCGGCCUGCCAAUGCUGCUUGUUCUCAUGUACACCCAGUGUUUCGUCUUCGUUGACACCUUGUUCUUCCGGGGCAAUAUCUACGACAUGGUACUGACCCCGCUGAACUUCUUGAGGUACAAUCUCUCGUCAGACAACCUGGCUGAGCACGGUGUCCAUCCGCGCUGGCUGCACCUCAUCGUCAAUCUGCCUCUGAUCGUCGGUCCUGGUUUGCUCUACUACGGUAUUCGCGCAGCUCGGCAACUCUGGCGGCCAACUCCUACCCCUCUGCUUUCUGAGAAGGGUGAGAAGCCCGUCGAGGGAGGUACUGUCUUCAGAGCGCCAUUGUAUGUCAUAGUCUCCGCUGUCACGAUCUUGUCCGCCUUCCGCCACCAGGAGCCUCGCUUCCUUGUCCCGCUCUUGGUCCCAUUCAUUGCACUAGUCGCACAGGAUUCGCAGCUACAACGCCUAGGAAGGCUGUUCUGGGUAUCUUGGAUCAUAUCCAACAUGGCCCUAGCAAUUGUAUUCGGGUUUCUGCACCAGGGUGGAGUCGUCCCCUCACUCAUCGACCUGCACGAUCGCUUGCACGACCUCAAUGCCAACGCACCUCCUGAAUUCAAUAGCACGCUCGCUAGCGUGGUCUACUGGAAGACAUACAUGCCGCCGUGGCACCUGCUCGCCGUCCAAGCCGAAGAUGUUACUUCCGGGAGAUACGUUUUGACCGACCUUGCGGGCGCGUCGAGCGAGACCAUGCUCAAGCACAUCGUCGGCACGCCGGCUCAGGAGACUCUUGUGGUGGCUCCUCUGUACGCAGAGUACGGGCUGCCUCAGGGGAAACGCGACUGCUUCGAGCUGGUAGACAGUGAAUUCCCGCAUCUCGACCUUGAUCAUCUGCCGGAGGCGAUGGCGCAGGGAUGGUACGACGGCAUGACCUUGGGUAUCUUCACCGUCGAUACGACUUGCCUUGGUUCUGAGGACGCGGCGGUUCAGUGAGAGGUAAUAGAUCUGUCUCGUAGUUUCUUGCUUCCGUAGCGUUUGGGCCGUCGAUUGUUUUUGUCUUGCUCUGCUGUCGUUCUGUACCGUGUUUCUCAAAUUGUACCAGUAGCUGCGUACGCGUUUCUGCUAUCUGUAGUAUGCACAAUGAGGGUCCUCAAUACAAUUGCUUCUCUUGCUAGACUGCUAC